AUGCAGGCUCCGGUGGUGGUGAUGAACACCAAUGCCGGUGACCGACAAGUCGGCCGUCGGGCACAACUGUCGAACAUUACCGCUGCAAAGACUGUGGCCGACAUCAUUCGGUCAUGUCUCGGUCCCAAGGCGAUGCUGAAGAUGCUGCUCGACCCAAUGGGCGGUAUCGUGCUCACCAACGAUGGCCACGCUAUUCUGCGUGAAAUUGAGGUGUCUCACCCCGCCGCUAAGAGUAUGAUCGAGCUCAGCCGUACUCAAGAUGAGGAAGUCGGUGACGGAACCACAACGGUCAUCAUUCUCGCCGGUGAAAUGCUUGCCCAGGCCCUCCCUCAGCUCGAACGUAACAUCCACCCCGUCGUCAUUAUCUCUGCCUUCAAGCGCGCUCUCGCCGAUGCUCUCACCAUUAUCGAGGAAGUCUCCACCCCGGUCGAUAUCCACGAUGACAAGGCCAUGUAUAACCUGAUCCAAUCCUCCAUCGGAACCAAGUUCGUCUCCCGGUGGUCUGAGCUCAUGUGCGGUCUGGCAUUGAGCGCCGUCCGUACAGUUUCCUUUGAUGCAGGUGGUGGAAAGCAGGAGGUGGAUAUCAAGCGCUACGCGCGUAUCGAGAAGAUCCCCGGCGGUCAAAUUGAGGACUCCGAGGUUAUCGAUGGUGUCAUGGUCAACAAGGAUAUCACCCACCCCAAGAUGCGGAGGCGGAUCGAGAACCCCCGCGUUCUUCUGCUUGACUGCCCGCUCGAGUACAAGAAGGGCGAGUCCCAGACCAACAUUGAGGUCUCCAAGGAGGACGACUGGAACCGCAUUCUGCAGAUUGAGGAGGAACAAGUGAAGCACAUCUGCGAUGCUAUCAUCGCAUUCAAGCCUGAUCUCGUCAUUACCGAGAAGGGUGUUUCUGAUCUCGCACAGCACUUCCUGGUGAAGCACAACAUCACUGCUCUCCGCCGCGUCCGUAAGACCGACAACAACCGUAUCGCCCGUGCCACUGGUGCCACUAUCGUUAACCGUGUCGACGACAUCCAAGAAUCGGACAUUGGUACCCGCUGCGGUCUCUUUGAGAUUGAGAAGAUUGGUGACGAGUAUUUCACAUUCAUGCGCAAGUGCACGGCCCCCAAGGCCUGCACUAUCCUGCUGCGCGGUCCCUCCAAGGAUAUCCUGAACGAGAUUGAGCGUAACCUGCAGGACGCCAUGUCCGUUGCCCGCAACGUGAUCUUCCACCCCCGCCUUGCUCCCGGUGGUGGUGCCGUCGAGAUGGCUGUCUCUGUCAAGCUCAGUCAGAUUGCCCGCUCUAUCGAGGGUGUUCAGCAAUGGCCCUACAAGGCUGUUGCGGACGCUAUGGAGGUCAUUCCUCGCACAUUGGCUCAGAACGCCGGCGUCAGCCCUAUUCGCGUGCUGACCCAGCUGCGCGCCAAGCAUGUCGAGGGCCACUCCACCUGGGGUCUGGAUGGUGACUCUGGCAAGCUGGUUGAUAUGAAGGAGUACGGUGUGUGGGAGCCCGAGGCCGUUAAGCUUCAGAGCAUCAAGACGGCGGUUGAGUCCGCAUGCCUGCUUCUUCGCGUCGACGACAUCUGCAGUGGUAAGUCUGCCCAGCAGGUCAGCGGUGGUGGCGGUGGUGGUGAGGAGUAA